AUGGCGAUGAAUCAGAUCCCAGGUCAUAACAUUUAUGUCGGAGGCAUAUUGGCUCUGAAGAACAAAGCGGCCCUCGAAAGAGCAAAUAUCACUCAUAUUGUUUCUGUGAUCCGUCUCCGCUCAGAUGAGUAUCUAUCUUCUUAUCAGCACCACAAGAUAGAUGUUGAUGAUAUCGACGAUGAAAACCUAUUGUGUCAUAUGCCCGCCGCGGUGAAUUUCAUUCAAUCCGGCUUGGAUAGCGGUGGAAGCGUUCUUGUUCAUUGUGCGAUGGGAAAAUCCCGAUCUGCAACUAUCUGCAUUGCCUAUUUGAUGCACCAGCAACGUAAUGACCGUUCAAUUACGCCGAGCGUAGCAUUGGAAACUAUCCGUGAAGGCCGACCCUUCUGUGAGCCGAACCCGGGUUUCAUGGAUCAGUUAGAUUUGUAUUACGACAUGGAAUGCCCCGAUGACCUGGAAAGCCAGCCGGUUUACCAACGAUGGCUGUAUCGUCGCGAGGUCGAGGAAAGUGUGGCUUGUGGUCGUGCCCCGGAAAUGGGGUCGGUGCGCUUCGAAGACGAAGACGAGCAGCUCCCGUCCCAGCAGCAACCCGAGAAAACUCCUGAGCGUGAGGUGGAGAUCAAGUGCCGCAAAUGCCGACGAGGAAUAGCUUCCAGCAAGUACAUCAUUUCACAUGAGGAGGAAAAGCGCCAGAACGUCAGGGUGAACUCCAACGCAGAGUGCGCGCAUAUCUUCUUGCACCCCAUGAAAUGGAUGCGCUCAAGCCUGUACCCAUCCGCAUCUGAUGCUAACCCGAACGCUCAAUUUACCGGAGAUGCACCCUUGUCUGGACGCCUGGCCUGCCCCAAUCCCACUUGUGGGGCCAACAUCGGAAAAUUCGCAUGGCAAGGCAUGCAGUGCAGCUGUAAGAGCUGGGUGGUGCCCGCGAUUGGCUUGGCGAAAGCUCGUGUUGAUAUCAAGGAACGAGUACUGGGCAACCCUUCCCCAGCCGCGUUAGGCAUUCGACUCCCACCAGGAAUGCAACCUGCUGGACCCAGUAACUCGGGCGCGGGACGUGGAAACCUCUGA